CAGCAACAACAACAAGAACAAAGUGCGUGCGAAGUGGUUGAAGCGUUUGCAUUGUAACUUGUUUUCUGCUUGUGAAUGAACCAAGUGAUUGAAAAAACAAAAACAAACAAAAAAAACAGUGUAGAGUGGAAACUCGCUCUCCCGCUCUCUCGCUCGCGCCGAUAUUGAAUACUCAACUAUGUCAAUUGUGAUUGCGGCUGACUGAAGGAAACGAACCGUCGAUUUGAGACUUGGAAUCCUGCGCAGCACAGGUUGCACGCAUUGCACAGUUGCCGCUGUCGCAAAAUGCGCUUCUAAGGUGCGAGCGGACCCGACGCUAGCGAGUGCGAAAGAGACAGCACAGCGUACACAAACACACACACACACACAUACACAGAGAGAGAGAGAGAGAGAGAGAGGCAACGCGUUGCACAGACAAAUAAGGAAAAGAAAAAGCCCCAACAGACAUGAGUCCUCUGGCCCUGGCCCUGGCCCUGCUCAGCGGCUGCCUCAUCCCCAGCUGCAGCGGAAGCGGAAGCGGGAACAGCAACAAGCUGGGCGUCUAUAUUGAACGGGCGCCGGAGUCGGCGGUGGCGCCCAAGGGCGACGAGGUGGUGUUCGAGUGCGAGCUGAAUCUGAAGCCGGAUCGCUUGGAGUGGCGUUUCCGGGCGAGCGGUGGCGGCGGCGGCAGCGGCGAGCCGUAUCGUUAUCUGGAGCCCGCUGCCGGCUACAAUGUGACCAGCAGCAAUGAGGAGCGCACGUGGAAGCUGCGCAUCUAUGUGACCGCCCAGACGCUGGGCGAGUAUCAGUGCGUCGCGUGGUAUGGACCCGGCGCCAUUGCCUCGACGCCGGCCCGGCUCACGCUCGUCUCGAUCGCUAUUGACAAUCCGAGCAGCGGCUACGGCCGGCAUGCGGUGCGCUGGAGCGUGGCGCCCAAGAACUGUGUGCUGCUGCGCUGCGGCUCGGUCAUCUCGAAUCCGCCGGCGAUCUGGAGCUUCUAUCGCAACGGCGAGAAGCUGCCGCAGACGGAGCUGCUGGCGGGCGCCGCCGGCGCCCUGGUCCUGAACUCGGUCAGUGGCAAGGAUGCGGGCAAUUAUACGUGCGCGGCAACGAAUGCCAUUACCGGCGUGGAGCUGCGCCUGCCGCAGGUGAUUGAUUUGCGUGUGGACUAUACGGAUCGGACGCCGCCGUAUUUUCUGCUCCAGCAGCCGGCGACACAGGUGGCCGCACGGCCCGGCGAAACGGUUGUCCUCGAGUGCCCCGGCGUUGGCUCGCCGCGUCCGGGCGCCGUCUGGAGCAGUCCCAAUGUGCCCAACAUCUAUCACAAUCGCAGCCGGGUGCUCGCCUACGGUCUGCAGAUCACCGAUGUCCGGCCCGAGGAUCAGGGCUCCUAUGUCUGCCGCCUGGAUAACGGCAUUGCCCCCGUUCUGGUGCACAUGAUCAAGCUGAGCGUGCUCGAGCGUCCGCGCAUCCUGCACGGCCCCAACACCACCCUAACCAAUGAGGGCGAUCCCCUCUCCUUGGACUGCAACGCCACGGGCCAUCCACAGCCGGAUAUCUAUUGGCUCAUCAACGGCGAGGAUGCCAGCGCCGACAACGAGACGCUUGUCGAGCCAAAUCGCCUCCACAUCCGCCACGUCCAGAAGCGACACGCCGGCGUCGUCCAGUGCUUCGCACGCAAUCAACUCGGCGAGACGAGCGAGGGCAACAUUUUGCGCGUGAAUCCCACGCAGCUUAGCGGCGAGGAUUAUCAGCCGCUGGGCGAGGUGCCGAUGCGAUCGCCCCACGAAUCCGGCAAUGGUGGCGGCGGCGCCUCCUCCUCCUACUCCUCCUCCGGCUAUUCUCCGUCCGGCUCGGGCAACUUUGGCGGCGGUUCGCGCAACAAGAAGCGCAAAUACAUGAGAGUUGCCAAUAUGGUGCCGCCAUCGCGACCCAAUGUCACACGCCUGGCCGAUGACGCCGUCAUGCUGCGCUGGAAUGUUCCCAAAAACGACGGUCUGUCCAUACAAUUCUUCAAGGUGCAGUACCGCAUGCUCGGCAAGAUGCCCCGCGAGAACUGGCAGACGACCAACGAGAAUAUACCCUAUGGCAAGCAGCAGCAGCGGGAUCGGGAACGGGAACGUGAACGCGAUCGUGAUCGUGAUCGUGACCAUCAUCAUGAGCCGGCCUAUGCUGGCGUCAAGAAUUUCACGUCAUCGGUGACGGGUCUGCGACCGGAUCGCAAUUAUCGCUUCCGGAUCGUGGCCGUCUACUCGAACAACGACAACAAGGAAGGCAACACCUCGGCCAAGUUCUUUUUGCAGCGCGGCGUCGCCAAAUCGAAUCUGCCGGUGCCCCAACUGCGCGACAUUGAGCCCUACUCCGAGUCGGCCGUGCUCCUCCACUGGACACUCGCUCCGACCCCGACGCCCGCCCAGCAGCACCCGAUCGAUGGCUACUACGCCUACUAUAGGCCGACCGCCUCCGCCGCCGAGUACCUAAAGGCGACAGUCGAUGGCGGCCAUGCGCGCCGCUUCAAAAUCGAUCAGCUCGAACCGGGCACCGCCUACGAGUUCAAGCUGCAGACGUUCAAUGCGCACGCCGCCUCCGAGUUCAGCGAGAUCAAGCAGGGACGCACGCUGAAGACCUCCAGCCAUGCGGGCAGCGGCGCCUCCAUGCCCGCCAUUGUGCCCGUCUCGACUGGCAGCUCGAGCGAGCAGCAGAAUUCCAUUUAUCCGGUCAUCGCUGGCGCCGCCGGCGGCGGCCUGCUGCUGCUCAUUGCCAUUGCCGUCGCCUGCCUGUGCCUGCGCCGGCGCAACAAUGCCCAGCCCGAGGACGAGAACAAGCCGCAAUUGGAUCACAUUCAAGCCGAUUUCGUUACCUCCGCCGUGCUGGGCGUUGCGCCCCACCAUGGCCACAAGGCCGGCGAUGUCCGGCGUCUGAAUGGCGUUAUUCCACGCAUGAACAUCACGCCGAAUCCUCUGGCUCAGGAUCCCACGGCCGACAAGAAUCGCAAUGUCAUGGAGCUGCGCUUUCUGCCGCCGAAUGGCAAUGCCACGCCGGAGCAUGCCGCUGCGAAUGCCGAGCCGGAUCCUGGCGCCGAUCUCUAUGCGGAUGCGGAUGUCGAUGCGGAUGCGGAUGCAGAUGCGGAUGAGGCUGGAGAUAUUACUGGCAGCGUCAAGGCGCUGACCGGCGCCUCCUCCUCCUGCGAGACACUGGAGGCCUGCGAGGGUCUCAGCCAGCCGCAGCAGCAGCCGCAGCAGCAGCAGCCGUCGACGGAGGCGCCCAGCAAGCCGCUGCCGCCGCUGCCGUUGCCCAAGAAAACAGCCGCAGCCAAAGCACAACAACAGCAACAACAACAACAACAAGGCAACGCCUUGGCCGUUGCUGCCGCCGCCGCCUUGCAUCAGCCUGGCCUGCAUCAUGCGCAGCCUUACCAUGCGCCCGGCACGCCCACAUUUGCGCACAAGCGUCACGACUAUCAGCAGCCGCCGCCCGUGCCACCGCACGCCGCCUACUAUCAACAGCAGCAUCAGCAGCAGCAGCUGGUGGCUGGCGGCGCCUCGCCCAUGUUGGAUCAGCAGCGACGCACCUUGGAGCGCAGCGUGCGCAGCUUGCAGCAGCAACAGCAACAGCAGCAGCAGCCACAUUCUGGCUAUGGCAUGGAGGAUGGCCUGGCCACGCCCACGCGCAUACCCUCGCUGCGCCGGCAGCGACGCGCCUCCGGCAGCCAGCACAACAGCCACACAAAUCUCACCAAUCAUCACAACAACAACAACAACAACAGCAGCAGCAACAACAACAACAACAAUAACAACAACAACAACAAUGUGGCACAUCAUAUGCUGCACCACACGCACCACCCGACGGCGCACACCGGCGGCAGCCACGUGGGCAUACCCCAUGUGCCGGGCAGCCCGCGGGUUCAGCGCUCCCCGAUGCCCGCCCGCGCCCUCAUCAAGCGCACACGCCUCGGCAGCCACACGGACAACAUCUCCUCGGGCAGUCUCAACAGUAUUGAGGUCUAGUUUCUAACACGCGACACAGCCCACAGCCACGCCCAAAGUAACGCCCACGCCAGCCGACUAUUCAUAUAUAAUUAUUUGAAUUUUUGCUAAUUUAUUUAGUCCUCGUUGUUUUAUCGCAUGGCUUGUGGGCGUGGCUGCGCCCUCCUUUUUUUUUCAUUUAAACAUAUAUUUUUUUUUGUAUAUUUAGUGUUAUUUAUUUAUUUAAAUUUAAUUAACGCAACAACAAUUUGCAUGCAUAAAUUAUGUUGUAUUAGUUGUUGGCAACAGCCGCGCCCCCUACCCGCCCCCCUCUCCGCGCGGCACACCAUUUGGCUAGCCAGAAGAAGAAGAAGAAGAAGAGGAGGAAGAAGCAUAGUAAUAGACCUAAUUUAAGUCGUUCAACUAUUAACGUUAGAUUCGCAGCCUAAUUUUAACACUUAUUUAAGCGCCUAGAACUAGAAUUAACUCGAAUUUUUUUUUAAAAUACACACACGCAUAUAUUAUGUAUAGAUUUAUGUAUAAAAGAAAUCCCCACACACACACACAGAAAUCUCCUAAAUAAAACACAAAA